CCUUCGAGCGCCUCGUAUUGUGGAGCUACACAGCCUGGAGAGGAGGAGCUGUCAAACUUACAAGCAAAGGAAAAGUCCUUCAGUAGACGCCAGCUCACAGUUUCACUGUAAAGUUAGUUGAAUUGUAGACCUAAUUAGUAUGGACUGACACAGUUUUCAUUCGGAGAGGAAAAAUGAAGACGAGUUUAAAAAAUACCAUGGCUACACAGUUUCAAAUCUGGAUCGUUUUCACCUCUUUAGUCUCCUUGGUCUCGUGUGCUUUACCGGAAAAGAAAGUAUGCCAGGGCAUCACUAACCGGUUCAGCCUUCUGGGGUCAAAAGAGGGCCACUACUUGAACAUGGUCAAGACCUACAGCAAUUGUACCAUUGUCCUGGAGAACCUGGAGGUCACACACAUGGAAGACCACCAUGACCUGUCUUUCCUCAGGUCCAUUCAGGAGGUGGGUGGCUAUGUUCUGAUCGCCCUCAACACAGCCAACAGGAUUCCCCUGGACAACCUGCGCAUCAUCCGAGGCCACACUCUCUACAACGAUGGCUUUGCCCUGGCUGUGUUGAUGAACCAUAAUAAGUCAAUGGGAGCAGGCACCACUGAGCUGCCUCUGACCAGCCUCACAGAGAUCCUGAAAGGAGGAGUGAAGUUCUCAGGCAACCAGCUGUGUAACGUGGAGACCAUCCAGUGGUUGGACAUCGUGGACAUUGACAGCAAACCCAACAUGCAGUUACCUGAACCCAACAGAAAUCGUCUCUGUAAAAAUUGUGAUCCUGGAUGCUUCAAUGGUUCAUGUUGGGCGCCCGGCCCAGAACACUGCCAGACAUUGACGAAGCUGAACUGUGCCCAGCAGUGCUCUAAGAGGUGUAAGGGUCCGUCUCCCAUCGACUGCUGCAACGAACACUGUGCUGCAGGCUGCACUGGACCCAGACCUACAGACUGUCUGGCCUGCCGGGACUUUCAGGAUGACGGGACGUGUAAAGACUCGUGUCCGCGCCUCCUGCUCUACGACCGCAACCUUCACCAACUAGUCAACAACCCAGACGGGAAGUACAACUUCGGGGCCACCUGCGUCAAGACCUGCCCUCAUAACUAUGUGGUGACAGACCAUGGAGCGUGCGUUCGGACAUGCAGUGGUGACACGUACGAAGUGGACGAGGGAGGAGUCAGGAAGUGCAAGAAGUGUGAUGGACUGUGCCCCAAAGUUUGCAAUGGACUUGGAAUGGGGAAACUUGACAAAAUUCUGUCAAUCAACGCCACCAACAUUGACACAUUCAAAAACUGCACCAAAAUCAAUGGGAACAUUGCUAUUAUCUACACGUCUAUCCAUGGGGACCCAUUUACCAAAGCACCAAAGAUGGAUCCUGCCAAGCUAGACGUUUUCAAGACGGUCAGAGAAAUCACUGGCUAUCUGCUGAUUCAGAACUGGCCCGAGAACAUGACAUCCCUCAGUCCCUUUGAAAACCUGGAGAUUAUUAGAGGACGGACCAAACAUGGUACGGUGAGCUUGGCCAUAACCCAGCUAACCAUCACCCACCUGGGUCUUCGCUCGCUGAAGGAGAUCAGCGAUGGAGACGUGGUCAUCACCAGGAACUCCAACCUCUGCUACACCAAGAAGCGCCACUGGAAGCAGCUGUUCAAGUCCGACAGGCAGACCAUACAGCUGGAGAGCAAUGCCCACGCAGCCGCAUGCGGGCUGCAGAACAACACAUGUGACACAAUGUGUACCAGAUAUGGCUGCUGGGGACCUGGACCCACCAUGUGUUUCGCCUGUCAGGACUACAGCCGAACAGGAAGCUGUGUAGACUCCUGUAACCUGCUAGAGGGGGAGCCACGUGAGACUGAAGUGAAUAAGACGUGUGUGGAAUGUCAUCCUGAGUGUCAGCUCCUCAAUGGAACCCAGACCUGCACUGGACCAGGCCAAGAGCAGUGUACCCAGUGCGCUAACUUCAAAGACGGCAACAACUGUGUCCUGGGGUGCCCUAGAGGGGUGCCAGGGGUGGCAGGGGGCAAGAACACCUUCAUCUGGAAGUAUGCAGAUAAGAUGAAGGUGUGCCAGCUGUGCCACCAGAACUGUACCCAGGGAUGCACCGGUCCUGGUCUGAGAGGCUGUCAGUCUAUAGGUAACUCUGGCCUAUCGGUGAUCGCGGCUGGUGUGGUGGGUGGGCUGCUUGCCUUCCUCAUCAUGGGCCUGUCUGUCUUCGUGUUACUGAGGCGACGCCACAUCAAGAGGAAGAGAACCCUGCGAAGACUACUCCAGGAGAGAGAGUUAGUUGAACCGUUGACCCCCAGUGGUGAGGCCCCCAACCAGGCUCUGCUCCGCAUUCUCAAAGAGACCGAGUUUAAGAAGAUCAAAGUGUUGGGAUCAGGGGCCUUCGGCACUGUCUACAAGGGUCUGUGGGUCCCUGAAGGAGAGGACGUGAAGAUUCCUGUGGCCAUUAAGGUUUUAAGAGAGGCCACAUCACCUAAAGCCAACAGGGAGAUCUUGGACGAGGCCUAUGUGAUGGCCAGCGUGGACAACCCCCAUGUGUGUCGUCUGCUGGGCAUCUGCCUGACCUCCACAGUGCAGCUGGUCACCCAGCUCAUGCCCUACGGCUGUCUGCUGGACUACGUCAAGGAGAACAAGGACAACAUCGGAUCCCAGUACCUCCUCAACUGGUGUGUGCAGAUCGCCAAGGGGAUGAGCUACCUGGAGGAGCGUCACCUGGUGCACCGUGACCUGGCAGCGAGGAACGUCCUGGUGAAGACCCCUCAGCAUGUCAAGAUCACGGACUUUGGCCUGGCCAAACUCCUCAACGCUGACGAGAAGGAGUACCACGCAGACGGAGGAAAGGUACCAAUCAAAUGGAUGGCACUGGAGUCCAUCCUCCACAGGAAAUACACACAUCAGAGUGAUGUUUGGAGCUAUGGUGUGACCGCGUGGGAGCUGAUGACGUUUGGGACCAAGCCCUAUGACGGGAUCCCAGCCAAUGAGAUAGCAGGGGUGCUGGAGAAAGGAGAGCGGCUGCCCCAGCCCCCCAUCUGUACCAUAGACGUCUACAUGAUCAUGGUCAAAUGCUGGAUGAUCGACGCAGACAGCAGGCCUCGUUUCCGGGAGCUGAUAGCUGAGUUUUCCAAGAUGGCGCGGGAUCCCCCACGUUACCUUGUCAUCCAGGGUGACGACCGAAUGCACCUCCCAAGUCCCACAGACACCAAGUUCUACCAGAGCCUAAUCAGUGGAGAGGACAUGGAGGAAGCUGUGGACGCAGACGAGUACUUGGUACCUCAGCACAGCUUCUUCUCCAGCCCCAGUACCUCCCGUACCCAGCUCCUACACUCUAUGAGCCAAAAUAGCACAUUGAACAGCAGCAUUGGAUUGUGCCACAGCAGAAAUGAGAAUGGGUUCCCUGUCAGAGAAGGAAGCAUGGUUCUCCGGUACAUUGCUGACCCCACAGACAGGUUCUUGGACCACGCCUUCCAGCCAGCUCCAGACUACAUGAACCAGAAUGGUGUGUCGGACAUGAUGAACCCUGUAUACCAGCACCCCGGUCCCCCUCGCACCCUCCUCCCCACCAUCUCCUCAGACGACACAGAGACAGAGUACCUGAACUGCUAUAAGAAUGAGGCAGUGGGGCCUGAGUACCUCAACACCCUCCAGCCCUCUCUCCUCUCCCCCACCACCUCCAAUGGCAUCUCCCCCAUCACCUCUAGUGGCCUCACCACCACCGCCAACAGCCUUUUCCCCAUGUUCAAUGGGCUCUCCUCCCCGAGCUCCAAUGGCCUCUCCCCCACUUCCAAUGGUGGUCUCCACUGCGUCCAGAAAUACCAACCCCCGAACAGUAUAGAUAACCCAGACUACCAGCAGGACUUCACCCCUUCCGUCAAGACCCAUGCCAACGGACACAUCCCGGCCGCAGAGAACACAGAGUACCUAGGCCCAAACUGAGGCCUGUUAUCCCCUACCUCCCACUGUGGAUGAAAAGAGACACCGGGUAAUAAGGCUCUCUAUCCCACUGAGAGAAGACAUAAUGUCUUUGUUUAGCAGGGGUAGCGGUACCAUGGACUGCUUUGCAAUGUAUUUAUCCCUGCCUUAAACGAGCCAAGUGUGUGUGCUUUCUAUUGUUCGCCACUUGUAGUACGGUACAGUGCUGCGAAAGUCUCCUCAUUCCAAAAAAUCGUCCAUUUCAAAUGGAGUCUGAGCUGAUAGUUUGAUGAGAUGAGACAGAAACGAGGCUCUUGGUGUUUAACUCCAUUGGGUGAAAAAGAGCAAGAGAAUACCUUAGGCCUAUACUUUCAGAUGCUGUAGCCCAUAUCAGAAACCCAUAGGUGUCAUGUUGCACAAAGCAAUGUUGUGAUACGAAAGAGGAGAAACAAUAUUACUAGACAAAAUAGCGUAUCAUUCAAUCCUUGAGAUCAGAUGCUCCCUGUGAAAGAAAUGUAAAAACACUUAUAUGUCGGCGCACCCUUUACUUGCCAACACAUAAACGGUACAUGUACUAGAAGGUGGCACUGAUACAGUAUUGGUGUAUUGAGUAUAUAGUAUUGGGUAUUUAGCUCCCACAUCUAAAGGGAUGGAACUGUUAGAACAAUAGUUGGACGUCUGAGCUCUUCUGUGUGGAACCUACAGUUUGAGACCUGCUGGAGUCAAAUGUUGCUGAUCGUUAAGUGUCGGAAGUGGGAAGGAGGAGGCCCUCAUCGGAGUCUGAUGGUGGCUGGUCCAUGGAGGGCGUUGAUGGAGGAACUUCUGAAACCUUACAGGACUCUUCCUAAAGAAGCGGUUGUUAAGUACACCUCUGUGGCAAAUUGCUAUUUUUUGCUAUUGAUGACUUUGCUGAAGGCUUUAUAACUUUCAUCAUAUGGCCAGAUGGGAGAGACACUGGCCCCUGUUGGUGACCCAUUGUAACUGCAUCAACAUUAGGACAUCUGUGUUGCUUAUUAUUGUUUUGUACAGUAAGGCCUUUCGUUCUAACACUACAACUGUAAAUCUUCUCACAGCUUUAAAGUCUUGCACUCUUGCAGGUGCUCAAACUUUCAAAAUGAAUCUCUUUCCUAGUUUUAAAUGAACAUAUUAAAUAGCUACUUGUCAUUUGAGAGCCUGUUGUUUGACAGAGGUACAUGUAUAGAUAAGUAUGAAAUGAUGUUGUGUACAAUAUAUUCAAUUUGGCCACCUAUAAAUAAUCCUAUCAACAUUCUUCAUCUAGAUGGUCUUGCCACUUUAUAUAUAAAUAUGCAGUUAUUGAUGAACUGUAAUUAUUUCAUUUCAAAGUGAAAAUGAAUUAAACGUAUUUAUAUUUAA